AUGUAUGUGUAUGUUUGAUACAGUAAUGUUUUACAAUGUGAUUUUAGUGUAUUUAGUGAAUGUCACUUUUUGUCAUUUUCAAAUUUCCCGCCGCUCCAUCCCCGUACGUCCUGACGUCGUGGGGAACGGAACCCAGAAGACAGAUGCCGGCAUCGGCCGGAGGACAUUGCAGGGGAUACUGCAGGAGGGACAUCGCAGGAGUGCAGGACAAGGUAAGAGAAGAACAAAUCCCGGAGCAACGUCGCAUGGUAAGCCCGAGUGUAGUUUGGGGUUACCGCUUUUGCUACACUCGGGAAUACCGCCAGGGAGGUUA